AUGGCUAACGAUUUAGAAAUCCAAAUACAAACACUUAUUACUGCAUUUGUAUCCUAUUUGAUUAAUGUGAUACAAAUAUCUAUUCCUUUCAUAACACAAUUUAGCAAUGCACAUCCAACUCUAUUCCUAGGUAUCAUAUCAGUUAUAAUCAUGUAUGUUGCCAUACGAAUUAUAUUGAGUAUUUGGAGUAUCUUAAAGAGACUAUUUUAUGUGUCACUUUUCAUAUUUGCAUUUUUAAUCUAUUUAAGAGGAAUAGAUCAAUUUUUCAAUAACGAUGUGCCAUUUCUAUAUAACCUGGUUUUACAAGAUAAAGAUCUAGAAACUAUUAUUAUACAGUCUUGUGCUUAUCUUUCCAGCACUUCAGUUACAAGUUCAACACUUCUAUAUAAAUUCCUAAAAAGUAAAGUAGUGGAAUAUAUUAGCCAAUUAUAA